AUGCAGUCCGCACCCUCUUCCUCGUCGUCACUCCCUUCAGCACAAGCUAGUCAAGCCUUGUCUCCGUCUGUAGAGCCUCAGCUUAACGGAGGUGCGAGCAACAGCACCAAGAAACACAAGCGGGAGCAUUCAUCUACAAGCAGCACUUUGCAAAAGGCUGGUCUUUCUUCGAAGUCUGCUACUAGCACUGCCAAUGAAGGCGACUUGCAAACAUUUCUAGAUUGCUCCAAUAUGUGCAUCUUUGGCAUUGACAAAGAUGGCAAGAUUAACCUCUGGAAUCGGCAAAUGUCUCAGGUGUCAGGAUUCGGCAAAGACACCGUCCUGAAGCAGCCUCUGGCAUCCUCCACCUUCUUUUCAUCAGCAUCGGAGCAACAACAAGAAGUCUCCAAAGUCCUGGAUUUGGCACUUAAAGGUGAAGCUACCAGCAAUCACAAGGUGAAAAUGAAUAUAAUAAGGAACGGAGAAUCAUCCAUUCAGGAGUUUCUAUGGAAUGUUUCGGCACAACGAAGCAAUUCCGGAUCCAUAGUAGGAGCCAUCUGCAUGGCUCAAGUUGUUGAACCAUCGGAACCAUUGAUGAAUACCCAAGGUGACGGUGCCGCUGGUUCGCAGCAUAACAGCAAUGAUCACAACAAGAAGGAUGCAAUCAUGACUCUUCAGGAUUCUUCAUCGUCAUCCGGAUCAUCAUCUGAAUUGCAACGGCAAUUGGACAGUUCCAAUUUGCUCAUCUUUGGCAUCGGAAUGGAUGGCAAAGUGAAUGCCUGGAAUAAAAAAAUGGCCGAAAUUACGGAAUUCUCUAGAGAGGAGGCCAUGCAGCAACCCUUUUCCCAGACCUUUGUCUUGCCCAAGUUGAGAUCGAAGGUAGAUCAAAUUCUGCAACGAGCCCUGGAAGGAAAGGAAACGACCACGUAUGAGUUGGAAUUUAGAACCAAGGUAAAGAUGGAAAAGAUGCAUACUAUGACAGAAUGUAAUAUCAAGGUGAUGAUUGUACACGGAAUUCUGACACCUGCUUCUGCCUUUUGUUUUGUUCAAUCACAGGAGCGCAAGGAGUGUCACUUGUUGUUGAGUACCACCCCACGACGAGCGAAUGGUGAUGAAAAUGGCCCAGUUCUAGGUGUCAUGGUCUUUGCUCAAGAUGUUACCGAAGUGACCUUGCACGAUCGAGCGUCCAUGAACCGAGAACUCCGUCAGCUGGUGGAAACUGCCAAUGCUCCCAUUUUUGGGAUUGAUGUGGACGGCAAUGUCAAUGAAUGGAAUGAUAAGACGGCGGAAAUUACUGGAUUCUCGAAAGCAGAAGCCCUCCAUCAGCCAUUAGUGUCUACCUUUAUUGUUCCCAAUUUACGAGAGUCCGUUCAAGACGUCUUAGAUGCCGCGCUCCAAGGCAACGAAACUUCCAACUACCAAUUGGAAUUUCGUACCAAGACAAACGAGACACGAUAUUUGCUUGUGAAUGCUACCACUCGCCGUAACAUUGAUAGCGAAAUUGUGGGAGUGGUGGGUGUGGCCCAAGACGUUACGGACGAUCGCAAGCACUCGGAAGAAUUGCGGGAAAUGCAAUACAUUCGAGCAUCCCAAGAAGCGAAAUUGGAAACGGAACGCAACAUGACUGCCUAUUUUGCCCAUGAAUUGCGGAAUCCUCUUCAUGCCAUUGACAGUGCCCUCAAGCUCAUGCCGGACAUGCCGCUGACGGCCGAGUCGACCGAAUUGGUCAAUUCGAUGACUCAAUGUGCCAGUUUCAUGUCCUCGAUCAUGAACAAUCUCUUGGAUGUCCGUAAAAUGGAAGAAGGAAAGAUGGUCUUGAAUAAAAUGCCACUUUCGUUGACUGGUUUGAUGGAACGUGUCCGCACCAUGUUGCUUCCUUCGGUUCGGAGCGGAGUCACCUUUUUGACGCAUUACAAUUUGGGAGACAAGGAUUGGGUCAUGGGUGACUCGCAUCGGAUUCAACAAGUCUUGACGAAUGUCAUUACCAAUGCCAUCAAGUACACCCCCAGUGGAUCCAUUGUGGUGACUGUGAGUGCCAAGGAUGACUUGGUCCGAUUUGAAUGUAAGGAUACGGGUCCCGGAAUCCCCAAGCACGACCAAACCAAGCUAUUCCAUCGAUUUGUCCAACGUGGCGGUGCUCCGGGGACAGGUCUGGGUUUGGCCAUUGCCAAGCACUUGGUCGACUUGACGGGAGGUCAAAUCUUUUUCGAAAGUGACCCAGCAUCGCAUCCAGGAACCAGCUGUGUGAUUGAAAUGCCAUUGCCGAGCUGUUCGGAACCUUCCAAUGAUGAUGGAGCCGCUGAAUCCCCCUUUUUGGAACACCCCAUUCGAUUGCUCGUUGUGGAUGAUAUUCGUAUGAAUCGCACCAUGUUUCAUCGAAGGGUCAUCAAGGGAAUCGCCCCAAAGGCCAAGAUUACUGAAGCCUGUACUGGAGAAGAGGCAUUGGAUAUUUGCAAGCAUCAAGGAUUUGAUGUGAUUUUGAUGGAUCAGCACAUGGAGCAAGCUGGAGGAGUUCUGCUUGGCACUGAUACGGUGGUGGCCAUGAGGCGCCGGGGAAUCGAUUCGGUGAUUGUUGGCUGCUCUGGCAAUGACAUUGACGACCAAUUUAUGGACUCGGGCACUGACUGGGUGAUGAAAAAGCCAACACCGCCCAACGAUAUCAUUGUCAAACGGCUUCGACAGUUGCUGAAUCGGCGACAACGACUGUUGGAAAGACGCAUAGCAGGCAAUGCUAGUAACAGCAAUAACAAUGGUGGAAGCUCCCUUGUCAAUAGCUAUCACAGUGUUGCAGGGGUUCCCGCACCAACCGCUGCUCCAUAUGUCACUGACUUUUCCACUUCGGAAGCCGUCAAGCGACGAUUGGGAUUGUCCGUUUGCCCAAGCUUUGGACCACCUCCUCUUCACUACAAGAAGAAGCGAAAAGUUGUGUGA